AAUAUCUCUGAAACAAUUUCUUCUUUCAUAGUAGAAAAUCACUUUCUUGCUUCUAAUGAAUAAGCCUCUGAACUAUUUUUCAUUUUCACAAACACUGAUCAUUCUCUCAUCUUUACCCAAAAAGGUAUGUAUGGCUAUAGCUAUUUAAAAUCAUUGACUUUUUUCUUUUUUUAAUUAAACCCUUCUAGGCAAGUGUGUUAAAUGACUUGCCCAGGGUUCUAUACCUAGGAAGUAUCUGAGGUUAGAUUUGAACCCAGGACCUCACAACUCCAGGCCUGGCAUUCUAUCCACUGUUCCACAUAGCUGUCCCUAGCCACAGGUUAAGUAACCUGUGUUUUAAUCUGGUGAAAUAUUUUCCCCUUUCUGGUUUUCUUGUAGGCGAGAGAGAGGAGAAUUUAUAAAGUUAGAAAUGUUCAGAAAUUCUUUCUGACAUCUUACUCUAGUUUAAUGGUUGUAAUAAAGACUUAGUGCUAUCACUAGUGUACAGUACACAAACAUCAAAUCAGUGACAUGGUGGCAGGAAGGAGAAAGAAGUCAACCUCUUAGGGGAUCCAUUAGAUGUUCAUCAGAAAAAGGUUCUUUGCCUUUCUUUUAAAAAUUUACUUAAAAUUGGUUUAGAAACUAGUUUGAGAACAUUGAGACCCUAUCUUUCCUCCUAGGCCAGUCAUUACAGCUUUAUGAUCAUUUUGCUACAUGAAGGUGUUUAAUAUAGGUUUUCCCAACAUCCUAUUGAAAUCUGCUUUGUCAUUCACUAGGGCUUCAGGUUAGUGCAACCUGACUUUUCUGGCUUUUGUUUAAAAUAGCCUGCACGUUUGUCCUGAUCCAUAUGCAUCUUAAUUUAUUCUUCAUUCCAGUUUUGAAACAAUGUUGCAUUUUCCUUUUUACUGAAUUAGACUAGGGAAAAAUUAGAAUACAAUUUCUUUUCAGGCAGCUGCUUUAUGCUAGUCCAGUAGUUAGUAUUACAUUUCUGUUUCUUGCCUAGGAUGGGUUUCAGUUUCACCCUAGCUUUCAUUUCAUUGACAUUCAUCCAAUAAAAUCUUUCCAAGUUCAUAUAACAAGAAAUAUAAUGGAAUGAGUUCUUUCAUUAACUAAUGAGUUCUCCAUUAUUAGAAAUAUGUAGGCAGAGACUGAAUGACUUAUUUAUCAGGGAUAUUUUAAAGGAAAAGAGGGAAUCAUGUAUCUAAGUAGAUGUUGGAUUAGCUAAACUGUAAAAUCCCUUCUAGCACUUCGGAUUCUAUAAUUCUACAACAAUUAAGCUCUCAGUGGGAAGAUAACUAGGAGAUAGGAAAGAAUACUCCAUCCCAUUAGACAUUUUUGCAUUUUUAAAUUCAGCAGUUUCAGUCCAUAAUUUAUUUCUGUCUUUUACUAAGGAAAGUGCAAAAAACGAGGAGACGGUUUGAAACUGGAAAAUGAUCCUCAGGAGGACCUUCAACUACAUACUUCGGGAACUUCCCAAAGUGCCGACCCAUGUCCCCGUGUGUGUGCUGGGGAACUACAGAGACAUGGGGGAACAUCGAGUCAUCCUGCCAGAUGAUGUGCGGGAAUUUAUUGAUAACCUCAACAGACCCCCAGGUUCUUCUUACUUUCGAUAUGCUGAAUCUUCCAUGAAGAACAGCUUUGGCUUAAAAUACCUUCAUAAAUUCUUCAAUAUUCCAUUCUUACAACUGCAGAGAGAGACAUUGCUGCGGCAGCUAGAGACUAAUCAGCUAGACAUCGAUGCCACAUUGGAAGAGCUAUCAGUGCAGCAAGAGACUGAGGACCAAAACUACGAAAUUUUUCUGGAAAUGAUGGAAGCAAGAAGUAGAGGACAUGCAUCUCCAUUAACAGCCAAUGGACAGAGUCCAUCCUCUGGUUCCCAGUCACCCAUUGUGCCUCCCAGCACAACAUCCACAGGGAGCUCCAGCCCCAGCACACCUCAGCCAACCCCUCAACAGCUUCUUGCAAAUUCUGCUACCUGCCCAUCCCUUCCACCUUCCAUGUGCCCUAUUCCCCCAUCAGAGGCCCAAACCCAGGCAGUUUCUCCAGCUACUGUUAUCACCUCCCCAGGCCCACCAACCCCAGCCCCAUCCCAGCCUCAGCCCCAGCGUCGAAGCAUCAUUUCAAGGCUAUUUGGAACCUCACCAGCAUCAGAAGCUACCCCUUCACCUCCUGAGCCUGCCCACUCUGUAGAAGUUCCAGCAAAAGUCCAAAGUGUUGAAGAUUUUGUUCCUGAAGAUAGCUUGGAUAGGAGCUUCCUAGAAGAUACAAGUCUGAAGGAUGAGAAGAAACCCAGAACAAAAGUUGAACAUGAAAGUGACAGUGAUGGGGAAGCCACUGGGGGGAACCCCAUGGUAGCUGGUUUCCAAGAUGACCUGGACCUAGAAGACAAGCCAUCUUCCAAGUCCUCCUUGCCAGCAGGCCCCAUCCCAAGUAGAAACAUCACCCUCUCCAGUGAGGAUGAAGCAGAGGAGGUGUCAGAUCACCCUCCAGUUGAUAGUCUGACCACCCAAGAAGAUUUGGAACCUGAGACAAAAUGGUCUUCCAGAAAUUCCUUGCAGUCACAGAGUGAAGCAGCUUCCACCAAAGCCACUGACCCCAAACUUCAAGUCAGUUUACCCACUCAUAUGGGACCUGAAAAGUGCAGUAGCACUAAACCUACUUCUGAAGCCUCAUCCCAGGCACCCAAAACAGUUUCUCGGAAUAAAGGUUCCACUUCUAAGUUAAGAGAGGUGAAAGAUGAGAAACAAGAGUCUUCAGAGAGUGAUCCAGAGGGACCCAUUGCUGCUCAAAUGCUGUCCUUUGUCAUGGAUGAUCCUGACUUUGAGAGUGAUGAGUCUGACACCCAGAAGAAAGCGGAAGAAUUUCCAGUCAGGGAGGACCUCUCAGAUGUUACAGAUGAAGACAUGCCCCCUGCAAAGGUCCCCCAGCCCACAAAGCCUACAGUUCAUUCCUUUAAAAUGAAAAAUGAUUCAGAUCUCUUUGGUUUGGGCCUGGAAGAGACUGGGCCCAAAGAAAGCAGUGACGAAGACAAGGAAAGCAAAUUCUCCUCUAAAGAGAAGAAAAAGAAGAAGAAGAAAAGCAAAGAGGAGGAGGAGAAGGCUGCCAAAAAGAAAAGCAAGCACAAAAAAGCCAAGGACAAGGAAGAAGGAAAGGAUGAGAAGAAGAAGAAGAAGAAAAGGAGUAAAGAGAAGACUGAGGAGAUUGAUGAACUAGAAGCCUUCCUUGGGGGUGGGGCCAUAGCCCCCAAACAGCAUGGAGGCGGAGACUAUGAGGAGCUCUAGGCCUGGGGUGCAUGGAAACCCACAGACCUAUCAUUCAUCUCUGCUUCUGAGCCUUGGCAGGAUGGGGGCUGCCAGGUGGGACCUGGGCUGGGGCUGCCCAAUGCCCCUCACAGGCCAUGAAGGUGGGGGAAUGGGGAGCUCAGUGUUUGUCCUGGUAAAGACAUUCCAAUGUGAAAGGACCAGUACCCAUUGAGGUGGGGAAAGGUCAGGUGUGAGGCAUGAGCAAGGGACUGGGAGAACAAAGUCUAGUUCUGACCCAAUCCUUUCCAGUAAGUCUAAUGCAAGGGAGAGGUACACAGCUCCCCAUCAUCCCUGCCCACCCCUCCUAUUCAUUGCUAUUUACAGGACACUCCCAUUUUAACUGCUGAAGAAAUAGCAGUGUCAGCCUAACUAAUUGUUCUCUUAACCUUGGGAGGAAUCAAGAGAUUUCAGCUCUAUUUUUCAUAACUUUUUUUUCCUUAAUGAAAGAUAGCUUGGCCUUUGCCCCAUAGUAGUCAGGAUGAAAAAAGCUAAGACUAAGAUUGGUAAGGGAAAUUUUGUUAAGCUGUCUGCCAUUCUGGGACAGAAGAGGCCCAGCACAAGUUUACCAAGUGUACCAGCCAUACCUAUCCUCAUCCUCCUCCCCUUAGCUCCAGAAAUCCAUGGUGUUUAGGAGCUGAUGCUACAGUCUGCUCUACAAUUUGAAACAAGGGCACAGAAGAGAUAUGGAUUCAGGUGGGGGAAGGUGAAUGGUGGUGGAAUACAAGUGUCUUUUCUAUUAAUGAAUCAUUCGUCCACCUUGGCCAGGUUCAUGGCGCAGACUCCUUUGCCCUAGUAACCCUAAUAGUACUUCUCAGGGACAUGACAAAAGCCUUUUGAGGCACUUGCAGGAAUCCCAUCCUGUUUAUAUAGGAGGGGGAUGGGGGGGGGGGGGUUCAGAACGGAGGAGCUGUAUAGGAAGGAGGAAAACGGCUUUAGUUUCUCAGGCUUCCAGAAGCAUUCCAGAUCUAGUUCUUGUCUCCUGGUUGUUGCUAUGUUUUCACAUACUUCAGGUCCCUGACUCUCCCUAUAAUGUGGUUUCCUCUUAGUGCUUUGUAUUCCUUCACCAUUCUAUCCCUAAAUACCAUGUCCAAAGUAUCUAUAAUAAAAGCGUAAGGGGUUCCCCACCCUUUCACUGUGCUCUAGUACCCCAGUCCAAGGUUCAAUGUUUCUUCCAAUGCCCCAUUCUCAAAAAACUUGCAAAAGAAAUUUAUGGUUUCCUCUUCUAAAGACCAGGAUCUCUUCUGCUUGACCAGAGGAAAUUAUAAGGAAUCACAGCUGCUCCUCUCCAGCCCUGUCCAUUUUCUUCCAGGCUCCAUUAUUUUCAAAGUGGCUGGUCUGUAUGUUGUAGACAGGGAAAUGGGGUCUUGGAUGGUAAUACUUCUUGGAAGGCAGUUUCUUUUUCUAAACCUGGUCAUUCCCAGCUUAAACCAUGGCCUGAAAGAGAGAACUUAGCCACAUUUGGGCUGAGAGGAAAUACCACAGGGAAACAGGGGUUUUAAAUACUUGUGUUUUUUUAAAGGUUUGUUCCCAUCAUGUUCUAUUGGAUGCUCCACUCUGACCAUAAAGCUCUCUUUUACUGC